AUGGAUUUAAAUAAGACUGACAAUUCAUCAUACAAUGAUACUGGUUAUCAAAUGUUAAUAUCUUCAUCAAUUGUAUUUUGGACAUAUCUUAUUUUGGAUAUAUCAUCAACGAUUUGUUCAUUUUUUCUUCUUUAUCAAUUUAUUAGUCGACGAAUUCUUCAUCGUGCAAUAAAUAAUCAUACAAUUAUUGCUAUUACAUUUUCUUCACUUGGUACAAAUUUACUUGAUGUUCCAUUUUCUAUAACAUACGCUCAUUUAGGCAUCGUCUGGCCUCCAACACCAAUAGUAUGCGUCAUUUGGUGGUUUGCUAGUAAUGCGAAUUUUACAACUACAAAUAUUUUGAUUGCUUGGGGAUCGUUCGAGAGACAUAUUCUUAUAUUUCAUGAAAAAUGGUUAUCAACAAAGAAGAAACGAUGGUUGAUUCAUUACGCUCCAUUAAUAUUUUUCAUGCUUUAUCCGUUUAUUUUCUAUGUUGCAGCUGUUUUCAUACCUUCAUGUAAUGAUUCAUUUAUAUUCGAUUAUAUACAACCAGUAUGUGGUUGGAUGCCUUGCUAUGCCAGCAAAACACCAAUUGUUAUGUAUGAUAUAUCAACACAUGGAAUUCUACCCAACAUAGUUAUUGCUAUAUGUAGUAUUGCUCUUCUUAUUCGUGUUAUAUGGCAUAAACAUAUUCGUUAUCGUCAGCAAGUCAAAUGGAAGAAAUAUCGAAAAUUGACAAUACAAAUGUUAUCUCUUUCAAUUGUCUUUCUCAUAUUUAAUCUACCUUACCUAAUCUAUGUCAUCUUAGAAUAUGGAAAUAUUCUUCCAACGAACAUAGAUCCAGAAAUUUAUAACUAUUUGAUUAUUCUUACUGACUUUUGCAUAUUACUCUUACCAUUCAUUACUCUUCUAUCUUUACCAAGUGAAUUCUGGUUGAAAAAAUGGCGUCAUAGAUUACCCAUGUCGUAA